AUGGCGACCUCCUCUUCUCCCCAGGCUCCCGUACCUCCUCGCCUCCAUCGCUUCGAGCUCGUCCAAGGCAUGCAGCUUCAGGUAACACCGAAACUCAAGUCCUUUUAUUUAAUCAAUCAAUUAGUGGAUUUAAUGGAUUGAUUUUGUGGGGGUGUGUGGAUUCUUGUAGAUAAAUGUCACUGGGUCUUGUAAAGGACGAAUGUUAAGCUUGAAUUUCAGCUCGGCUCAUUGCAGACUCCCUUCACCAAGAAAGGAGAACUGUAUUUGUUAACCAUUGAGUUGCGGGAUCCCAAUAUACAUGCUGUUGAGUUUGUUCUAAAAGACGGAAGUCGCGAUAGAUGGUUGAAACUAAAUCAUGGAAAUUUUCGAAUUAAAAUUCCUGAUGAUCCAGCUUCUUUAAUGCCUCAUGUACCGAAAGAGAUGAUUGAACGCAAAUCAUAUUUAGUUUGGGAAAGCAAAGGCAGGCCCAUGAGCUCACCUCAACAACAAAAGCAAGACUAUGAGGAUGCUUUGAUAGAGAUACAAAAUCAUCUAUCAAGAGGAAUUUCGUUGAAUGAGUUGCAAAGUAGUUUCUUGACUUCCAGUACCAAGAGAAUGGUUGAUAACAUAGAACAACCAAGGAGGGAAAUGACAUACUCUUUCAAACGGAAACAUAAUGUUGAGCAGUGGUUGCAAACACAUACAACAGGACCUGCAAAAAGCACAUUGUUAGGUUCAGGUCUUAUGAAUCUUGUUGGCAACUCUAUGGGAGGGAUCUCUUGGAGAAGUUAUCAUGUUGGCAACUAUGAAGUAGUGGUCCUUUUGAAAAUGGUUAGGAUGGAGUAUCACAUCUUGGUGGCUACAAACAUUAGAGGUGCUACAGUGCUUCACUGGGGUGUCUCAAAAGUAUCCCUUGGGGAAUGGUUGGUGAGUCCCUCCACCUGAGAUUUACCUGAAAAAUCAAAUGUCGUUCCGGGAGCAUGCCAGACUUAUUUCAAUGAAAUGUCAAUUGGUAACGGGGCCUUUCAGGUUGUAGAUAUCAAUUUUCAACAAAGCAAUUUCAUUGGUAUCCAAUUUGUGAUAUCGUCUAGUGGGUCUUCAUGGAUAAAAGAUAAUGGCGCCAACUUCUAUGUAGCUAUACCACCCAUGAUUUCAAGUGGAAAGGUAGAUGAUGCUGGGGGAGGUAUUGACAAAUGUUUACUUGAUGAAAUCUCUCGUAGAGAGAAAGAGGCUGAAAGAUCAUUAAUGCACAGGUUCAACAUUGCUACGGAGCUCACAGAACACUUCAAAAGUGAAGGUGAAUUAGGGCUCAUUGGCAUGUUGGUAUGGUUGAGGUUCAUGUCAUGCAAGCAUCUCACUGUGAAACCUCGUGAAAUUUGUGAAGCUCAAGAUAGGUUUACCAGUCUAUUACAGAGAAUAUUUUUAAACCAGCCAAAUGAUCGGGAUAUAGUGAGACUUCUAAUGGCACAUGUUGUGCGGGGUCAGGGAGAUGUCGGGCAGAAGAUUCGUGAUGAAAUUCUCGUAAUUCAGAGGAACAAUGACUGCAAGACUGGCAUGAUGGAGGAAUGGCACCAAAAGUUGCACAAUAAUAGUAGCCCAGAUGAUGUUGUAAUUUGUGAGGCACUCUUACAUUACAUCAAAUCUGGUUUUAGAAUUGAUGUAUAUUGGAAAACAUUGAUUGCAAAUGGUCUCACCAAGGAGAAGCUUGCAAGUUAUGACCGCCCCAUUGUUUCAGAGCCUCAUUUCAGGGCUGAUACUAAGGAGGGUCUAGUCCACGACCUGACAGCAUACUUGAAGACAUUAAAGGUACAGAAAGCAAUUAUUGUUUACUGA